UUUCCACGGCGACGAGGAAAGAGGCGGAAAGAUAAUUCCUUUUGUAAAUUUCCCCUCUCUAGUCUAACUUGCGAUUCGGCACCCUAGCCUUGUCAUUUCCCACGUCACGAAAGAUGAGACGGAAAACAAACGAGCUCCUAUUGGAAGUGACUCUGCAGCAGCAGCAGCAGCAGUUGUUGAUGAAGCAGAGUUCACCCCCCUAGACUCUGAGAGAGAGGAGACUGCCCCUCGCAAGAGAGAUGGAUCCUGAAGCUGCCAGCCCAGAGCCGCCACUCCCCCCUCCCUCCCCUCUCCCCCAGCACAGGGGGGCGCCAGCGAGCAGCCGGGAUGAUGAAGAGCUGACCAGCCUGAACUGGCUUCACGAGAACACCAACCUUCUCCAAGAGCUGAGGCUGGGGGGAGACGGGGAGCAGCCUCCCUCGCUCACCACCCUGCUCCGAGGCGCGCUCACGGACUGCCAGGGCUCCCCCAGGAUCCAGCUCCCUCCCGGGGCUGGUGAGCCCAGGUCAGACCCCUCUUCCGCCUCCUCCUGCUCCAAGCCCCCUUACUCUUUCAGCAGCCUGAUCUUCAUGGCCAUCGAUGGCUCACCCGGCCAGUGCCUCCCAGUGAAGGAUAUCUACGACUGGAUCCUGCUCACCUUUCCCUAUUUCCAGAAAGCGCCGGUGGGCUGGAAAAACUCAGUGAGGCACAACCUGUCUCUGAGCAAGUGCUUCAGGAAGAUGAGGAAGGACAAGAGCAAGAAUAUGGGAAAGGGCUCGCUGUGGAGUGUGGACCCGGAAUACAGACCUGCCCUCCUGGAAGCUGUCCGGAAAACCAACAGCUGCAUCGGCACGCUCCAGAUAAGGACGGACUUCAGUCCCAGUGUUGCAGCUCUCUACACAGAGGAGCCCGGAGAUUAUCCAGGCUCCGACCCCCAAACCCCAUCCCUAGUCGCCGUCUCCCCCGACGCCCCCUGCCUCUGGGGGUCAAACCCUUUGACCUCCGACCCCAGCGAGGACCACAACUACAGCAUCUACAAGAUGGCUGCCUGCCUGGCGGCCGGGGGCGUGUUCCAGGUGGAUGUGGGCGUGGCCGGAGCCGAGAGGGAGGGGCUGGAGGAGCUGGUGGCGAUUGAGUACUGUGAGACCGAGGAGGAAGGGGAGGGCUGUGUCAAGGACCCCCUGGCAGACAGCGGGUACAUCGAGUAUUUCGUGUUCGAGGCGGAGGGCGGCGCCAGCGUGGACCUGCGGGUUCUGCAGCCGGAUCUGGACCUGCAGGAAGCGGCCGGGUCUCUCCUCAACCUGGCCGGCCUCAAUUAUUAGCAUUAAAGGCAGCGCUGUUCUGUGCGUUUUGUUUUUUUCUAAUA